AUGGACAAAAUCGACGGGUUUGGUUAUUUUGAGGACAAUUUUUCACUAAAGAUCGGCCAAGAAAUUUCUGAAGGUUUGGCGUACCUGCAUUCUAAAGAAAUCUCGCAUCGUGAUCUCAAGGCUAAAAACAUUUUGGUUAGUAACCAACAUUACUGUCAUAUAGCGGAUGAGGAAAAGAAAAUGAAGUUAUUUUCAGAAAGCCUAAUUAUAUGCAAGCUAGCAGAUUUUGGCAGGUCCCAGCAGAUACAAACGGCAGCGGUUCACUCCAUGACAAAGAGGGUUGAUAGGUAUUUGUUUAAUAUCUUUAAUUUUGCGAGGGGUUAUCAGAAUAUUUUCAUUUCAGAGAAUCUUACCCCAAAGUCCAGAAAAUGGCAUUUUAGAGACUCUAGCUUUAAAAAUUUUCUAGAGAAGCCAUACCCCGGACCCCUCUAGAAUUCUACGAUGCUCAACUUGUGCCUUGGGUACUCAUACUAGUGGAGGGGUUUUUGAAAUGAGAGCACCCUGCCAUAACGUUUCAAAAUAACCACACCCAUUUGCCACAAAUGUUAUACUCCCACAGCCGGAGUACAUGGACUGUAAUAAAUUAAUACUAAUAUGGAGCGAAUGUUUUUUUUUCGGCGACUUGCGAUGUAUAGACCUUUCCGGCAAUUACGUCACAACUACACUGUUUUCAACAUAGGACCACCUUAAAUGGAAUGGAUUUCAAAUUUUUUCUUACGGGCUAUGGGCAUAGAAGCAGAACAUCGUUCUUCAACACAUGCAUAAAAAAGGAUUUUGGAUUUUGACCAUUAAAUGUGGAAAUAAGCUUUAACACGAAAACGAGGCUGACCCAGCCUCGUUUUCGUGUUAAAGCUUAUUUCUACAUUUAUUGGUCAAAAUCCUUUUUUUGAUGUGUCGAAGAAGGAUAUUCUGCUUCUCUGCCCAUAACCCGCAACAAAAAGAAAAUGAAAUCCAUUAUAUUUAAUUAAGAUGGUUCCAAGUUGAAAACAGUGUAGUUACAACGUAAUUACCGGAAGGUCUAUUGCAGAGCAUCAGACCUCAUUUAUUGGACUAGAGUAGAGCAAACGUUUCUGGAUUCAUGAAAGUAUCCGUAUUCGUUGUUUUUCAAGUUUUUGGAGUUACAAGGCGUUUGCACUACGACAGUAACCGAAAAGAAUCCGGAUUCGUCCAGUUACAUUACGGAUUAAUGAAAGUAUCCGUAUUUGUUGUUUUUCAAGUUUUUGGAGUUAUGAGGCGUUUGCACUACGACAGUAACUGAAAAGAAUUCGGAUUCGUCCAGUUACAUUACAGAAAAGGUUACGGGUUCAUUGAAAUUUCUGUUUACAUCCGUUUACAUAGUAAACUAUCUCGGAUACAAUAUUUUCGGAUACAAAGUUUCUACAUUUUUUCCGGAUUCAAAGUUUCCAGAUACGACUCAAAGCCAAGAUGAUUUCCUAUCGGAUUUGUUGCUGUAAACGGAAACAUGAAUCCGUUCUAAAACAUUUUGGUUUCCUGACAAAUCCGGAAUCUUUUGCUCUUGUAAACAGGAUCUUGGGUAAUCCACUUUUCCUCACAGUCGAAAUACCAGUCAACCUAAAAUAACUGGGGUGGGAAACCGGCACGAGGUAGUCGUCAAGAAGUGUAAUUGCUGCAAAGUAGAACACUAUUAUGUUAGUUGAUUUCGACUCCAAUAAUUGCGGGACCCACUGAGCAUUUUCAUAAAAUACGCAACUGUACGUAACUCCGAAUAAAGACAACAUUUUUUAUUCAACAUCAGGUCGAAACUUUAAAUAAAAAAUGUUGUCUUUAUUCGGAGUUACCGUUGUUGUAUAUUUUACUGAGUUUCUUGUAUAAAGUUUCUGCGUGAAUUUAGCUAUUCUUUUUCCGUACUUAAAAUAAAUCGCCAGAGGAACACCUGUGUAUAUGGCUCCGAAAAUCUUGGUGAAAUCCCGCUGCUUGAAAUCAGCCAGUCUGGAAGACCUCAAGAAAGUUGAUGUAUGGGCACUUGGUAUGGUAAUGUUCAACCUAGUAAACCCAGAUUUGAAACACCCAUUUCAGUUAGAUAUUGUGAGAGACGCAAGCGCAAUAGAGCAAGUGGAAGAGUUCUUACAACUGGGGAAACAGUCUAGUGGAUUGAAUAAGUAUAAGACACUUCAAGAAACAACCUGGCUCCCCAUUGCGAAAGUACAUAGAAAUUGCACAGUAGUCGAUCCAAUAAAACGUCCAACUGCUUUGGAGGUAUUACAAAUAUUCCAGUCUUUGGUAUGCAGCAAAAUCUAAGAAAAUGUAGCUGCGGGACGUAAUGAAGAUUGUGAGGAGGAAGAAGAUGGAAGUCUGAAUGGAAGGUAAUUAUAAGAUAUAUAGUUGGAGAGACCGGGUAUAAGAACCUACAUAACUUAAAUAAGGGAUGUAUCAGGCGAUACAUGCACGUAAAUUGUAAGGACCUUUUUCCAUUUGACAUAUUACUAGACAAUAUAUUGUAUGAUUAACACGCCUGAUUUUACUUAGGCCAGGGUCAAACAUCGAACUUUUCAUGCGCCGAACCUAAUGCAAAUGAAGUGAAACAAAUAACUUAGCUCAUUAACAUUAGGUUCAGCGCAUGAAAAGUUCGACGUUUCAUUGAUCCUGGCCUAACAUUAGUAGUUGAAAUUAUCUUUUUCUGGUCGGGGACGAGGAAGCAAGCCCUCAAACUUCUAAAUUCCAAUUUGCUAACAAACCCUUUUUAACCUUUACCUCAAAAUUACCGUCUAUUUUACGUAAUGGUGGGUGCGCAACUGCCACACCUGACCGAAAUUUACGGCUGUGUUGGUGAGUAUAAAAUCUUUCUUUUACCAUCAUGUUACAUAUUAAAGCAAAUCCUUUUAAAGCUUUUUUAUCACAGAUUAAAAUAUUAAAGCAAAUGCUUUUUUAUCGCGGAAUUAAAGUUAUUAAAAGUUCGCUUAUAUAUAACCUAACAAUAUAUUUCAGAUAUUGCCUUUAUUGGAUAAAUAUCAUGCAUGAACGUUCGAUCAAGAUUUUGAUCAAUUCUUAGACUUAAAGGGUACGAGCAACAAAAAAUGUUAUUGCUUCAUCUGAAAGGGCAUGAAAAAAUAAGCCAAUUAGCCGUUUAAUGCUCUAUUCUAUCUCAUCUGGUUCCGAAGUUGUACGCAAAAAUGUGCAAAAUAUAAAUUGCUGAUUCAGCACAACGUGUGACGUCAUUAGUUGGGUAAGUGUGUUUAUUGAAUAGUAAACUGAAGCAUAGCUCAGUUAUUAUGGGCCCAAAUCAAAUGAAAUUUUGCAUACAGAUAGUACAUGAUGAGACGCACGGGAAAAUACUUCUAAUUUUGUUGUCAAGGCAACACAAUCGUUCCCAGGCCCCUUAUAAGUGUUGUGUUGUUGUCCUCGGCAGUGUGGAAGGAAUAGCUUGGGUGUCCAAAAGAAGUCAAAUCACUACCUGAAAAAUAGUCAGGUAGUGAUUCUCUUCAGGUAGUGAUUUGACUCCAUUCGGACACCCAAAGCGUAAUAUGUUAACUUUGAACAUUAUAUAACUGCACAACUAUAGUUAUCAGAAGCGAUCGUUUCUUUUUGUUACUGUUUCGCUGUUACUCUGCUCGUCACUCCCCUCGUUAUGCAUAUAAUAUAUUAAUAUAUUGAGUCUCCUAAUUUAGCAGCGACAAAGACAAGAAUCCAACACAAUACACAACAUGUAUCGACCUGACAGGCGAACCUUCGAGCACUAAUGAAGAGGUAAAUAUAUUAUAUUUCACAUCAACCUCUUCUCUACUGCUGUAGGCAAAUCUUUUAAUGUAUCCCGUCAUUUUACAUCCCUUGCAUGCACUGUAAUUUCUGCAUUCAACCAAAUCAAUGGUUUAUCUUUACAUUGGCAGAAAUCUCACAUGCCUGUUGCAAGUUGCUGCCUGCAACAAGUUGUUAUCAUCUUGCAUCAAGGUUGAUAAAGUAAACAGACUUGUUCACUUGCAACUACUUGUUCCAACUUAAAAAAUCUGAUAUAGUCUGUUCGCAACACUUGUUGUUAACAAGUUGAUAACAACAAUCACGUAGCAAGUUAUUACAAACAGCUUGUAUCAGGCUUGUUGGAACAAGUUGUUGCAAGUCUGUUGAACCCGAAUGAACACAUCUAGAUAUCGGCUUGACAACAACUUGCAACAAGCCUGUGAGACAUCUGGCUGUAUCGUUUCAUACAGUCUUUACCUUCACUUUAUUCAUGCGAGUUUUGUUACUUUUGCAGGAACAACGAUUAAAAGUGCUCACGAGGAAUAAAAAGAAAACUUCUGAAGUUAUUGAUUUGACGUGUCAUGGAGGCACAGAUCUAAACUAUGCAAGGUUAAAAGAUUUAAUCACAAACACUUCAACACUUGCCUGA